AUGUCCUGGAGAAGCAACUCGCAACGAACAGGGGAGAACGCAGCUCCCCUAGCCAAGGUCCGUCGCUGGGGUGGUGGAGGAGGGGAUGAAGCUUCUCCGCCUGCCCCGCCUAGUUCUGGCUACAAUGGCAAUGGAGCCUCGUCCUAUGGCUCACCGCCCAUGUCGCAAUCGUACACUGGAGCCUCGCAGCCUUACGGCGGUCCUUCUGGACUGCCAUCCAUCCCGUCGGCCGCUGCUGCUGCCGCAAAUCGGGCGGCGGAGAUCGCCGCGAGGCUGAACGGAGGAGGUGGGCUUGCCGCCGACAAGAGGGGAAGGGAGGAAGGAAGUGGUACGCCUGAUGAUGGAGCUCCUCGCAAAAGGAAAUCGCGUUGGGGCGAUGCUGCACCGGCCGCCAAUGUCACCACUGCCAUCACUGGGGCCGUCAGCGUUGCAGACCUGGACAGAUACGCCGUGCAAGUGAGAUUGGAUGAGAUCUCCAACAAGCUCCGGACAGGUGAUGUGGUACCUUCCGAGAGGGAACGCAGCCCUUCACCUCCUCCCACUUACGAUGCUCAGGGUCGCAGGACAAAUACCAGAGAAGUGCGGUACAGGAAGAAGCUCGAGGAUGAGCGAAUUCAGCUUGUGGAACGACAGAUGAAAAUGGACCCGAAUUUCAGGCCUCCUGCUGAGUACGCAGCCACGAAGCGCAAUCGUCAGCCCAUGGAGAAGGUCUAUCUCCCACUCAAGGAGUUUCCCGAGAUCAACUUUUUUGGUCUUCUCGUGGGACCUCGAGGUAAUACGCUCAAGGGCAUGGAGAGGGAAAGUGGAGCCAAGAUCGCCAUUCGCGGAAAGGGCAGUGUGAAGGAUGGUAAGGGAAGAGGCGAUGAAGAGGAUCAGGAGGAAAUGCACUGUGUCAUCACAGCAGACGACGAAGCCAAGGUCAAGCACUGCGUCAGGCUCAUCAAUGGCGUCAUUGAGGUUGCCGCCUCGACCCCAGAGUCUCAAAACGACCACAAGAGGAACCAAUUGCGAGAACUUGCAACUCUCAACGGUACUCUGCGAGACGACGAGAACCAGCCCAGGAUGGGUGGUGGUAUGCAGCCUGGUGGUGGCUUUGGCGGGCCAGGAGGUCCAGCACAGGGCGGUCCCGGUGGUCCUGGUGGAGGCUUCGACUCGGAGUACGCAAGUCUGAUGGCCGAGCUAGGAGAAGGGGGUGCGCCGGGAGGACCUGGAGGACCAGGCGGGCCCCGUGGAGGAUCUGGCACACCACAACAGGGAGGCUUUGGUGGACAUGGACCUGGAAUUGGUGGCAGCUCGACGCCGAGCGCUGUAGGACCGGACGGGAAGAAGAUUCCUCCGUGGAGGCAGCCGGACGUCUGGGCACAGCCUUCCUUUGGCGGAGGAGGUGGACGUGGGCCGAGAUUUGGAGGACCAGGACAGCAUGGCGGCUAUGGCGGACCUGCUGCAUCUGGGGCCAAUGCGCACGCCGGCCCGGGUCAAGGGUGGGGGUCAGCUCAUGGCGCUGGAGGAGGUGUUGGCUAUGGAGGCGGAGCAGCGGGCGGCUGGGGACAACAAGGUCAUGGAGCUCAAGGUGGUGCCGAAGGCCAGCAAGACUAUUCCGCCGAAUGGGCAGCCUACUAUGCUCAGCAGGCCGCUCAACAACAAGGAGGUCAACAACCUGCAGAGGGGGCAGCGGCUGCUGGUGGAGAGCAAAAGGAUUAUUCGAAGGAGUGGGAAGAAUACUAUCGACAGCAAGCCCUCAUGCAGCAGCAAGGCCAAAGACAAUGA